AUGGCGACCCCAUUCCCAGCAGGAGUCCCCCAAGGGGGCACUCCUUCUGAUGCAGGAUCUUUGAGCUCUCCAGCGCAGCUGCUGUCUCCCGCGAAUCUUGCUGCGGCGGCCCGGUGUCUGUACACUCGAAUUGACUCAUUCACUGGGGAGUUCAAAUUUCUCUCCCUAGACUAUCCUGCCCUGAUCUUUUUUCAAGGUCGCUUUUUCCCCUCCGCUCGCCAUGCUCUCUUGGCUGCCAAACACCCAAAAUCAGUGGAGGAACUCGCCCCCAUUGAGGACAUGAAGGAGCUUAAACAAGUCGCGAAAACAAAAGAGGAGGACCCCGACUGGCCGCGCUAUAGGCUUAAAUGGAUGGAGUUGAUUCAGAGGGACAAGUUUAGAAGGAAUGCAGAUUUGCGGGAGAAGCUGCGGCAGACUGGCGGCCGCGAUUUGGUAUGGCUGAACACUGGCGAUGCCUUUUUCGGCCAGACAGGCUUGAACCGCGGGCAGAAUCACUUGGGCAGGAUCUUGAUGGAGAUCAGGCAGAAUAUCAUGGAGGACACAGAGCUUGAGUGAAAGCUGGCAGACAACGAUCUUGUGGCACUGAACCCUUCAGUCUCUCGUCGACAUGCGGCGUUGGUGGUUUUGAAGGGGGGGCACGUUCUUCUCAUAGAUCUCAAGAGCAAAGCGAAGACCUUUAAGAACGGGAUGCCCUUGGACCACGAUCACGUGGGUGUGCAGAUGCAAACCAACGACAGUUUCAGUUUAGGAGCGUCUAGUCGCCACUAUCUUCUUGAGAUUGACACAACUUCAGUGGUUGACUACCUGCAAAGGCGGGGUCGGGAGUUGAACCGCGAGAUCAGCAUGCUGAACGAUCAGGUUAACGAAGCGACUGGCAUUUCAUCAAAAAGUCUAACGAAAGUGUUUGUGGGGGGCCUGGCCUACAGCACUAGUCGUUACGACCUGUGCGAACUCUUCGCGGAAGUAGGAAACAUUAAGUCCAUCGUCAUUCCGCAAGUUGACAGAUCCAUUCCUUCAGAUUACGAAGGAGCAUACACGGUGCGUGGCAUCGCGUUCGUGGAAUUUGAAGACGCAGAAUCUGCCAAGAAGGCCCUUCAGUGCGCUGGCCGAAUGGUCAAUGGCAGAAAUGUAGCAGUUACCCCGGCGAACCUAACGAGGGAAGAACGGGCAGCCCAGGAGGAUCUGAUGGCGGACGGAGAGAUGAACUUUGUUGCAGCGACAAACAAGACGUUUGACCAUCCUACCCACGGAUCCCUCCGCACGGGGCAUGGGCAUGACGAGACUCCUUCAAAUACCCUGUUGAGCAAUGUAGAUCCUUUAACGGGAGAGCCGCUCGACAGGAACCCGAAGGGACACUGGCUGCAUGACGACAGAGAAGAAAACAGGAGUUAUGCGUUUACCAAUGCAGAUAUUCGCAGGGUCCACGGGCAGUCGAAGGGAGGGGGAGGGAUGCGAUCGGAGACGGAGGGUGCCAGAGAGGCACGCAUGGCUGCGGCUGUUGCCGCUGCAGCCACUGCCAGCAGCGGCAACGGCAGCAAUAAAAAUACAUUCUCCACCAAUGAAUGGGGCGACAAGUCCGCAGCAGGAGAUGCAGACAGGAAGGAAAGACACUCAAGGAGGAGUAGAACGCGGAGCAGAAGCCGCAGCGGAGAGCGAAGGAAGCACAAGAGUAGUCGCAAACGAUCCAGAAGCAGAUAA